UUUCGAAAGUAUCCAAAUAAAAAGUUUCAUGUAUAUUUUUUAAAUAAAUACUCCCUCCGUUCCAUUAAACACUUCCUCUUUCGAUUUUUUUGUUUUCCACAAAACACUUCCAUUCCACACUUUUUCCCCAAAAUACCCCCAGCCCUAAAAGACUACCAUCCCACCCAUACCCAGCCCUUUACUGACACACAUCGUCUCUCUCUCUUCCCUAAACCCUAUCCUCACCUACGCUGAUCAAAUUUUCCAUGGCCUCAUCCCCUCCUUCUCCAGAUCUGGACUGGGAUAUGUCUUCCUUUCGUCUUCUAAGUGAAAGCGAUGAAGAUGUUCGACCUCCUAAGCGCAAGAGGGUAUGUUUUCCAGGCUACAACCCUGAUGCAUCUGAUUCUUCUGACACCGAUCCGUCUUGGAACUACCGGAAGAAAUACCUUGGGGGUGGUCAUCUUCCGGAGGGCGUUGAGUGGAAUUCAGAUCUAGACGAAGGGGAAUCAGGGGAUUCAGAGGUUGAUUCAUUCACCAUCGAAGAGAUUGGAGGAAUGACCUCUGAUACGGAAAUUUUCUUUGCCAAACCCGUUGGAAGUCCAAUGAAGCUCAUGCAAGUUGAACAGAGUAAAGUGCUUCAAUCCUCUGUUCUUUAUGAAUUUUGUAUUGCCUCUGUUUCUGUAAACCCUCCAUGUUCUGAUUUUGGGGAAAAAUUACGAAGGGUUAAAGCCCCUGUUGUUUAUGCAGUGUUGUCUUCUUAAAGUAAAAUUUCUUGCUUCUUGACUUCAUUGCAUAUUUUUUGGGCAAACUAAUGAUGCAAACCUUAGUCUUUCUGAAUUAUGGGAGAAUUGCUUCACUGUAAAGCCACCCCUAUAGGUUUGGAGGCUUACUGUGCUCAAUUUGGAAUAUGUCUUUGCCACCCCUAUGAUGUUGAGUGCCUAAAUGCUUAUGAUUGA